AUGGUAAAUGUGUCACGACAUCUUUUGAUUAGUUUGGUUGAUUUUAAAGCCUAUCUUUCUUGUAGAAAUAAAGCAAAAUGGAGGAUUCAGUCAUCCGUCAGAAGAAUAGGGCGUGUGAAGGUCAAAGAUUGUUUGAUGCUUAAAUUAGUGAGUCAUAAUACAAUUAACCUAAAAGUAUAUUUACGUGGAGAGGAUGCCUUGUGGCUGGAAAUGAGCUCUUUAAUAAGCACUGAACGCGAAACCACCCACUCCCGCACCCUCAGACUCUUAGGCCGUUUGUCUAUAAAAUUCACCGGGUCACCACCGAGUUCUCUUCAAUAUUUUGACUCAGCUCUUUCAAUGGAGGUCCAAACUCAAACUCUCUCAACCUUCGAUACUUCUCAUUUUUCUUCCACUUCCAUAAACAACUCGGAGAUUUGCAACGCUGAGGUUCAGUACCCCGAGAUGCCUGGUUUCUUGAAUGAAGCUCCGGAAAAGAAUGAAGUUGAAUCACCGGCCUCCGGUCGACGAGAAUUCGAGGAUGGACGUGGCGAAAUGGCGGUAGGUGGAAGAGAAUGGGAAGGUUCUCUGUCGACCGGAGCUCCGAUGAGCCCUGUCGGUGCUCCGAAAACAUGCCUUAAGACUGCCGCCACGAAGGUGCAGAAGGUUUACCGGAGCUAUCGUACGCGUCGCAUGUUAGCAGAUUCCGCUGUGGUUGCUGAAGAGCUCUGGUGGCUUGCCAUAUCCUAUGUUGAUUACCUGAAGCCAGAUACCGCAUUCUCGCGGUGGAAUCGUGUCAUUUCGAAUGCUUCCAAGGUGGGCAAGGGCUUGUCUAUGGAUGCUAAGGCACAAGUAUUGGCUUUUCAACACUGGAUUGAAGCUAUUGAUCCAAGGCACCGCUAUGGACACAGCUUACAUCUCUAUUAUAAAGAGUGGUGUAAAAGUAACGCUGGUCAAGCCUUCUUCUACUGGCUCGAUCUUGGAGAAGGCAGAGAAGUUGAUCUUGAAGAGUGCCCAAGAUCAAAGCUCCGUCAACAAUGCAUCAUGUAUCUUGGGCCACAAGAGAGAGAACAUUAUGAGUACGUGAUUGUUGACGGAAAAAUAUUGCACAAUAUAACUAGAAAACCUCUUCAUACAAACGAAGGAUCGCUAGAGCUGAAAUGGAUCUUUGUGGUGAGCACAUCCAAGAAACUCUACACUGGAGAGAAAAAGAAAGGAUCUUUCCAUCAUUCCAGUUUUCUUGCGGGAGGGGCCACUUUAGCUGCUGGAAGGCUCAUGGUAGUAGAUGGAGUUCUUAAGUGCAUCUCACCGUACAGUGGACAUUAUAGGCCAGCUGAUGAUAGCCUUGAGAGCUUUUUAUCAAUUCUCAAGGAGAACGGAGUCAACCUGGAUGAAGUUGAGAUCCGCAAAGCAAAUGAAGAUUCGGAGAGUCACUACAAUGUAAAAUUGGCUAGCGACCUAUCUGUCUCAGAGUCUGUUCAACCCAAUCUUCCCAGUGAAGAAGAUGAAAGAGACCUGCCUUCAGAAACAAUUGAUGCCUCUCGGCCUGAAAUUAAAAUUGAGUACAAGAGGACUCUCUCUGGCGGUCUCCAGAGCCCUAGAUCAGAAGUGCCAAAGGCAGCAAUAAUGCAAAGAAUUAACUCCAAGAAGGCUGCAAAGUCCUAUCAAUUAGGCCAUCAACUCUCGCGCAAAUGGUCGACGGGUGCUGGUCCUAGAAUUGGUUGUGUUGCCGACUAUCCUGCAGAAUUGAGGUUACACGCGUUUGAACUUAGCAAACUCUCCCCCAGAGCAUCUCCGUCAUCAUCAACUCCCAGGCUGACUUCUGCUCUUGCUUCGCCUACCGCUUAUCCAGCAUAGUUUAGAAAUGGUGACACCACAAGCUCUUAACUUAGCGUUGUUAUUUCAGCUUCUCCUAUACCCUCCUGUGGGCUUUGCUAUUUUACUAUGAUCUAUCUGAUCUUCUCUUUGUAUGCUGUUUGAGAAAGUGAAUGGAACCGGUUGCUUCUUUGUAAAAUCUUCAAAGGAAAAUUGGGAACUAUGUUCUGUUUCAUGAACAAGUAUCUUUAAUUCAUGUUUUAA